GGAGGUGUUCAGACAAACAUUAGUCUUAUCUUGUAGUUUCUUCCUCUCCACUGUUGUUGGAUCAUGUCUGCGGGUCUGAGCUGUCCGGGCUGCGGCUCCUCAAACAUUGUGGAAGAUGAUCUUUACUGUCAGGCCCAGAUGGUGUGUGUGGACUGCGGCUCUGUGGUGUCUGAGGGAGUCCUGGCUAAUGAACCCGUCGGAGGUUCAGAUGUCAUGUACAGCCAGACCACAGCAGUGUCCAAAAAGCCAUGUAGGAACCUGAUAAAAGGUGUGCAGCGUGUGAGAGCGAUAUGUCGGAUUCUCCGAGUCAACAGUGAGAUCGAGAAUCUGUCGCAGACUUAUUACAAACAGGCCUAUGAGCACAAAAGUUUAAUCCAAGUGAGGCUCCAGAAGAAAGAUGUCCUCGGUGGCUGCUGCGUGCUGGUAAGCUGCAGACUGCUCAAUUGGCCCAUCACCAUGGGAACCAUCAGCUGUCUGGUGGAUGCCGACCCGGCGGUGGUGGGAUCGGUUUACCUAGAGAUGGUCAAGAUUCUCAGCAUUGAGGCUCCGAUCUUCAACGUCAUAGAUGUGAUGGAGUCCCACUGCCAGGAGUACAAAAUUAGCUCACUUCAUGUUGCUGAAGAACUGGCUGAGAACACCAAGGACUUGACCAAGCGAGCCGUGGCCCUGGUGGAGCUGGCAGCAGAAUCCUGGAUUGUGACUGGCCGUCGGCCCAUCCCCAUCAUGAUGGCGGCGGUCUAUCUGUCCUGGCAGUCCUUGAAACCCAACAAGUACCGCUUGAAAACUUCUCUGGAUACAUUUUGUCACAUUGCCAAAGUGAAUAAGCACAAACCUGCUUUGAAAAGAAUAAUUGAGAUGAAGGAGGUGCUGUGUAAGCUGGGUAAGGAGAUUCCCUGGGUCGGGGCGGUGGUGACGCCAAACAACGUGGUUCUGCUGGUAGGAGAUAUUCUAAAGAACAAGCACACCCUGCUAAGGAGGGCUCUGAAAACCCACGAGGAUGUUUUGCUGGCAGAGUGUCUGACUAGCUUCGAGGACUCUCUAACUGAGGAGACCGCUCCCUCCGACAUCUCUGAGCUUGAAGAGGAGGAUCCAAACACAUCCUCUGUGGAAACAUGUGAACUGAAUGCUGAGAGGGCCCAGCAAACAGGAGCUGGACAUGAUAAUCCAUGCACGGUGCCUGAGCUGCACAGAGACACUCUGGAGAGCCCAGAUCCAGAACCAAACUGGGGGAAGAGAGUGCUGUUUGCUCCUCCGUGUGUGAUUCAUGCCAAGAGAAGGAGAGUGCAGCCUGAGCUCAAAGAUGUAACUGGUGAUGAAGAAAUCUCUGACAGCGAAAUUGAAUCAUACAUCCGUACUCCUCGGGAAGCUCGAGAAUUUGCGCUGACUCAGAAAAUGCUUUCUGAGAGUGGGAAAUUAUAAUAUGCUAUGCAUUAAAACCAGACUAUUCUAAGUCUGUUCUAAGUACUUAUUACAUAAGAUUUUAGUUUAUAAGAGAUGCUGCAAACUUUAAGUUUAAUUCAGUAGCAGAUUAUGCUUGUUUUUGUUUUUGUGUAUACCUUCUUCAGUUUCAAAUAAAGUUGUGUUGAACUGGUGAAA